AUGUAGCGCUCAGCACCGCGGAGAGCGGCGGGGCCGGGGGGGCCGGGGGGGCCAUGGCCAGCGUGCAGCAGGGUGAGAAGCAGCUCUUCGAGAAGUUCUGGCGAGGCACCUUCAAAGCCGUGGCCACGCCGCGACCCGAGAGCAUCAUCGUGGCCAGCAUCACGGCCCGCAAGCCGCUGCCCAGUGGGACGCUCAGCUGCCUGCCGUACCCCGUGGAGGACAGACGUCCCGAAAAGCUGAGUGCCCGUGCAGUCAAGGAGGCCUCCACCACCAACGGCUGUGUGAAAGGGAAGGAGAGAAGAGACCAUGCUCACCGCAGGUCCCGCAGCCCCUCGUGUGAUGGGGAGCGUGCACUACCGCCAGCCCGGGGAAAGAAGAAGAAGAAGAAAUCCGGCCGCAAGAAGCGCAGGAGGUCUCCCUCCUACAGCCCCUCGCCUGUGAAGAAGAAGAAGAAGAAAAGCUCCAAGAAGCGAAAAAGAAACAGGUUAUCUUCAAAGAAGAGAAGACACAGUUCUUCAAGCCCCAAAAGUAAGAGAAAGGAAGAAAGAAAACACAAAAAACACUCUCGUGGGCGCACGCGGAAAUCUCAUCGCCAUCGCCACCGCCACUGCCACUCUCGCUCAGAGAGCUCCGACUCCCACUCCCCCAGCUGCCGAAGCAGGCACAGACCCAGGUCUCGGGAGGAAGGGCGUAAAACACGGCGAAGACACUCCCGGCACCAUUCAAAGAUCACGGCAAAGCGAAGCUCCUCUGCAGAGGUUCAGGCCAGCCAAAAAGCCAGCCAAACCCUUCCGCUCUACAGCUUCCUGUCUCCUAAGGAAGUAAUCUCUCAGUCAGGGUCUUCUGCUGACCUCUUUACCAAAACAGACAGCCCGCCUGGCACCCUAGCCAGCCAGAAUGGAGAGUAUCAUGAAUAUGACUCAGGAAACGAUACUUCCUCCCCUCCCUCCACUCAAACGAGCUCAUCCAGGUCAAAGGACAGCCAGGAGAAAAGAAGUCUAGUCCAUGAUGGCUUUGGCCAUGCCUUCUCGUCCGGGAAGCCCAAACUGGCCAACAGCGAUAACAGCUCUGAUUCAGGAAAUUCCUUCACCAGUUGCUUUUCCCAGACCAAGGGAACAGCUUUGGAAAAUCUGUCUCCAGAUGCCCAGGGACAAGACCGAAGAGGGUGCCUGUCCUUGUGUCUCAGCUGUUCGGAGGAGAAGAAGCAAAACUUCCUCCCGUCCCCAACCGACAGCUCCCCGCUGAGGCCGUGCUCCCGCAGCGAGUCGUACACCAGCACAGGCAGAUCUUCCCCCCACUCCAGCCGCUCCCGCUCCUCACACCACAAGGCCUCUCCCAGGUACUCCCGAAGCAGGUCCUGCUCUUCAGGAAAGAGGUCUUCUUCACGUUCCCCCAGCUACUCUUCCAAAUCCUGCAAAAAAAGCCCUGAGAGCAGGAGUUCAAGGCCUCGUCGGAGUCCCAGUUACUCCCGCUACAGCCCUAGCAGAGACCGUGAGCGAGAGCACAAGUACAGCUCCAGUGAGAAGGAGUCGCACAGGGAACGUGACCGGCAGCGGCGGCGACGGUCCUAUUCGCCCCUGAGGAAACGCAGGAGAGACUCUCCCAGCCACCUCGAAGCUCGGCGCAUCACCAGCGCCCGCAAACGCCCCAUCCCCUACUACCGCCCCAGUCCCUCCUCCUCCAGCAGCGCCAGCAGCUACUCCUCCUGGUACAGCAGCUUCAGCCGCUCCCAGGAGGGCAGGAGCCGCAGUCGGAGUUCGGGCCCCAGGAGCAGCCGCAGCAGGAGCAGGAGCUCUGACUCAGGAGGCAGCUCCGACAGCCUGCGGCGCUAGGGAGUGCCGCGGACCGGCUCGUGUGCUGGCGUCGCCUCCAAAUUCCUGGCAUUCUCCGCUUCCUUCCCACCUGCCUGGCCAUCGAUAGCAAUCAUCCCCAGUACUGAUGUGGUGGCAGUGCCGGGUCCCCCUUCCCCGGUCCGGAGUAGGAGCCCUUGUGCGCCCGGCGCAGCCCCCUCGGCACCUCUCGGGGUGGGUGGAUCGGGCCCGGCUCCCCAGGCCAGGGCUGGCAGAGGGCUCGGUGCUUCGCAGAGGCUCUGUCAGACAGGCCUGCUCCAUCCUCCCUGACGGCCCCGUCUGCCCAUCGCUGCCACUCUCCAAAGCACUACCAGCUGGUCCAAAGGAAAGAAUUCAGCUCCUUGCCCUUCUGCCAAACCAGGAAACAGCAAAUUAAUUUCUGUUGGAGGGAGAGACCCGGUUAGGGAGGAAUUUGCUGGGAAGCUUUGGUGAUGAGUGGGAGUGACCUGUCCCCACCAAGGCAAAUACCAGGUCUCUUGGGUCUCUCCUCCAGAGUUUCUGCCCACUCUGCAGCAAGCCUCUCCCAUGAGAGAAUAUUUAUUUAUUGCUGGUCAGCCAGUCCCUGCUAUAAAUAGAAGUCUAGAAAUCCCUCCUGACGUAAUUCCUGGGAAAAAAAAACCACAUUCCCUGUCUUUCUCCUGCCCUUUCCUACCAGGUAUGCAUCAUCUUUUGCCGGGUUGUUUUAUCCCCCCCAGCACUGUGACUUGCUUGCAGACAAACUGCUGAGGUCUGAAGUAGAUGGGGGACCAGUGGGGUACAAGGGAGAGGGGGGCUGGUGCCACACUGUGUGCUGAGGGUCAGGCCAAGGCGUGGGAGAUAGGGGCUGGGGGGUUCCCUUCUCGGAGGAACUAUCUGGCAGUUUGGGUUUAGGUUCUUCAGAAGGGAGCCUUGCCCUUGGUGUGCAGUGCUGCUGGGACUGUAAGGAGACACACAGACGGCCUAGCUGUGGGGUGUAGGGACAGCACAUGGGUUUUAAAAGCCACUACUUGAGCCAGGGGACCCCCAUCACCCUUCCUCAUAACAGGCAGCAAUUUUUAAGCAGCGCCAGGAGGAUUUCAGGAAAUCAUUUCUCCUUGAGACCCUCAGGAUCCCCUGAGGCAGGGUUAGCUGCCUCAUCUCAGGGCCUGGAUGCCCUCGUGCCCAGUUUGUCACUGGGAGGAUGGAGCAGUGCAGGGGGGCAGAAAGGACCCCCCACUAAUUGCCUGGUUUUCCAAGAAGCCUCGGGCAGCGGCAGGAGAGCCCUGCCUGCCUGGGCGGCCCUGGGCCCCGGGGUUUUGUCUCCCUGCCAGGCCUGCCAGCCCAGCUGCCUGCGCAAUUACUGUGUUUUGCAGGGUAACAAAGGCUUCUCCCAGCACAGGCUGAGCUGGUGCUGAGGAGUUUCUUUCUCUUACAACACCUGGGUGCAUAAAGACGCUAAUUUGGCUUUAAGACUUCCCUCCCUCCCUUUUUCCAUCCCCUCCCCUUCCAUCCUGCAUGAUUAUUAACGAGUUUGGGCUUAGUGAGUCAAGGAGGUGUGUCAUUUAAGUGUCACAGAAAGGGCUAAGUGGAGCCAGCAUCUGGUGGAGGAGGAGAGGGGCUUGAAAGAAAUGCAACCCCCCGCCAGCUAAAGAGUUACCUACAGUACCCCAUCCCGCUGGCAGCUGUAAAGGGGCAAAGCUGCCAGUGGAGGAGGGCCAAGGGCCAUGUGGUGUCUGAUGGAGCUGGAUGGUCGCCUUAGCAAGCACAGAAACCUGUCCUCUCUUGGAAAGCACAGCAGCAUGUGGUGUAUUUCCACCCGGGUGGUACAAAGGGAAGUUUUAUGCCUGGUGUCCCUUUUUCCCCGUAUCCUUCCUACUGCUGGUCCCCCUUGUCCUGUGCCUUCAACCCCCAAAGCCCCCCCUUUUCCCAGCCUCUCAUCCCCCGCCUUGCUCUCUGCAGGUAAUGUGAGGAUGAAGGUGGCCAAGGCAGAGCGCUGGGCACUGGUGUGGUCAGUGGCUUGGUGGGGACAUGAGUCUGUCUCCUGGGAGGCUGCUUUGGAGGACACAGAGAAAAGUGUUCCUGGUAGGGCUGAGCAAAUGCUCUAGGGCUGUGCUUGAGGGAUCAAAGCCCUGGAGGGCCACUGCUUCCUCUGCUGUGCUGGCCCUGGCAGCAGCCCCUUGGCCAUCUUCUGCAGUGACCUCCCUUUCUUGUAAAGGGCUGAAAACCUCACGCUUCUUCCCCAAAGAGUCUCUCCCAGUCUGAUACUGAAACGCCCCAUCCUUCUGCUCCCCGAGAAGACCCCAAGGCAGUGAUGGGAGCCCAAACCCCAGACCUACCACUUCAAAUGUAGCCUCGUGCUACUUAACACCCCCUAACGCACACAUGCAUCUGUAGCAAGGAAACAGCAAGUCAGGAGGUGAAAAACUAGGAAAGAAAAGAAAAGAGGGGCUUCGUGCAACUGGUGUAAAUCUCAAACACAACACUGACUUGAGUUCCUCGUGUCUGGGGAUGGAUGGUUGAAGCACCACAUCAGGGUCAGCAGCACUAACCGACCGUGGGACUGGGGAUGACUCUGCGGGGCUGACAGCAGCAGCUCGCGGACCUGUCCGGCUGAUCCUGUUUCAAGGACUGCCUCUGCUUGGACAGUCCGUGGCAGCUAAACGCUCCUGGGGAUUCCCGAGCAGACUUGCAUUGGAGUAAACCUUGUAAUUUAUUUAUUUAUUUAUUUAUUAUUAUUGUUAUUCUAUUUUUAAUUCUAUGUCAGAAUGGAUGCAGGUGGUCACUGUUACCAGUAUUUAUUUAUUAUCUUUUUUUUUUUUUUCCCAAACAAUAAGUUAUUUUUGGAUCUAUUUGUUUGUUUGAAUGUAUCCAUGCCAUUGUUCUUGUGUAAAGGUUUACAGCGCUGGCCCCUCUCGAUGAGGUGGCUGGAGGAGUGACGGUCGCUCCUGCAGCCAACGUGUCCCUUUGUCUGUGCUCUCUGGAGCAGGGCGGAGAACGUGUGAUGGACAGAGGCAUGCAGGGCAGAGCUGUCUGUGUUCCCAUAUUAAAAUCCAGGGUUUCUCAUUAGAUUUGUGCAGGAAUGCAAUGGAUGUGACCACAGAAAUGGGCCUAGGACCUCACGGAGGUGACAGCGAGGGUCUUCUCGCCAACGAGCUGAGCAGCAGGGCGUUUGUGGUGCUGCAAGGGGAAGUCUCCUCCCGGCCCGUGCUCGCGCCGGCCGGGUGCCAGCUGGCCACUGCUGCUGUUUCCCUUGGCUCCGCAGCCAGCGCACAACCCGAAACUGAGCUGCUCUGCACAGGCACCGCUGGUUUCCCUGGGAGGAUGCCGUCGCUAGGACUCCCCUGCCGUGUUUACCGCUGCGCAAUGACCCACCCAUGGAAAAACUAAAGAAACGAGACUGUGAGAGUGUGAUCCGUGCUGAAGAUGCUUGCAAAAUCCAGCCUCUGGUGACAGGACCUAACCAAGAUUGUGUGUGUACGUGUACAUGUGCACAUGUGCAUAUACGUUUUCCUCAGUGGUGGUAUUUAUUUUUUAACUUAUUUAAAAUUUUUAGUACAACCUGGAACAUCACCCUCCCUGUCAGUGGACAGCUGGGUUUUCCGUUGGUUUGUGUGAAGCCCGUGAGCUUUUCUGUCUCUGUGCCUUUUGCCAGUGCUUUUUUUUUAAGGUUGUUUCACUUGUUAUUGCUUUUAUGGAUUGUUUUCUCUGCAUCCAGUGUCUCAGGUUGCUGCUGGUGCUUUCUGCAAAGAGCAGCAUUCACCUGUGGAAAGGCAACUUGGUCAUUUUGGUGUUGGUGAGUCGCUGCUCACCUGUGGUCAGCUGCACGAGGGAUGCCCAGGGCCAGCCGCAGCCUCGAGGCUUCAGGAAAAUCUCUCAGCCAUUUUUUGGAAGCCCUAUCUCAGCAGGUUUUGCUUUCCGUAAACACAGAGGCUCUUUCCCACCCACGAGUUUGUUUUCAUCCCACAAGUGCCCCAGUUUCCUUCCCCUGGCAGAGCACACAUCACAACACCCACUCCCAAAUGUCCCCAACCCCAGAGUCGUGCUGUCACCUCUCCCCACUCCCUGGACCUGCCUUGGCUCUGGGUUUGUCACACCAAGAGAGGCUCAUCCCACCUCUCCCAACCCCAGCUAGGCUCCAGAAAACCCAACACAAUCUCUGCAGGUUUGCUGAAGAUAAGGGAUAUUUUAAAGCACUGUUUUGUUACUUCUUUUCUUCAUGGGUUACAGCACUCAGCUGAGCAUUUCUUUAUGUUGACUGCAACUUUUCUCAAUGUUUUUGUUGUUUUGGGGGACUGAAUUUGGACCAAAUGUCUGCAACAGCCAAUCACUGUUAUUUUGCUAUGCAUUGUACAUAUAUUGAACAGGCUGAGAGGAUUUAGCUUCUAUUUAAUAUUUAUUUCUUCUAUUUAUUGAGCAUUACUUAAAAAAAGAUAUUGGGUCUUGCCGUUGGGUCCACAAAGGUAGGAGCCUUUGAGGUGUUGCCAUGUUCUCAUGUUCCAAUGUUCUCAUUGGAGAGAGGUUAUCAGAGAGGUGAAUUACUGAGGCUGUCACCUGCUGGCAUGGAGGCAUCUGGCAGACAAAUUAGGCUCAUUUAGAGCUCAACCCCCAGCGAUUUAGGGAGGAACCUCAUUUAGAUGGAGAUGAGCAAGGCAGGGGAAAAUCCUCCAUCUUCUUGGACCAGCCUCUAUUGACAAAUUACAACCCCCUGGAAAGGUGCUGGGUGUUCAGAGGCAACAGACCAGCUGUGGCAGAGGAAUAACCCUACUCUUCCUCCUCCACGCCACGUAGGUAGAGCUCCUUAGAUUGUCAAGAGAUCCCCAGAGAUCUCUGAUCUCCCACCACUCACCCCAUCUCGGCUCUCUAGUUACUGGGGAAAGGGGGGACUUGUCACCCUUUCAUUGAUGUGAGGAGAGGGAUAGGGUUGAAGUGACUUGCUGUGGUCUCUGCCAGGAAGCAAGGAUGUCCACCCUGCCCCAUCCUGAGACCCUCAUCCUCGUGCCAUGUCCUACUUUGCCCCCUUCCCUGAGCUUUGUGCCAGAACGAGUAGCUUUGCCCAGGCGUGAGCUCAGGAAAGGUGGCCAGGCCAGGACUGGGGAAGUCUCUCCUGUCCUCUCUGACACAAGCUGGAGCUCACUGCAGGCAUCCUCUCCCAGCUUUGAAAAAGCUAAAGUUCACAAUCUGUGCCAGUGUCACUCCACCGACACCAGAGCCAUGGUCCUCUUCACCUGCAGAGCUGCCUGGGUUGGCAGAGGGUGGAUACGGCUCCAGUGUCGGCAGGCGAAUGCCCAGUGCGCGGCUGCUCCGCAGAGCUGGCCAGGAGCUGCGCGGUGCUCAGCCUCGGGGCUCUCAGGAUAUCUGUUUGAGAAAAGGACGGAUUCCGGUGCCUAAGUGAAGACUUUGCCCUUUAGUGUCCUGUGGGGUUUUAUUACCUCUUUACCAGGGAAUGAAUAAUUCUCAUGAGUUUUGCUGCUACCUGGAAGUUUGCACAUGACUGGGAGGGUCUCUGAAGCACUGGUACAUUCUGCUGUCAUAGCAACAGUGUCGUGGUCAAGCAUCCCAACUUUUGGGCUGUUGCCUAGAGAACAACACCCUGAACCUCACCAGCCUGGGGGCAGCUGUGCCCCUUCGAAACCCAGGGAAUGAAAAGAUUGAGUACAAAAGUAAAGAUGUGAGAAAAGCUGCGAGGAAAAUAGUGUCUCUGUUUUCUCCCCUGUUGGUCAAUUCCUUACCACAUGGCACCGCUGCAUCUGUUCAUUUGACUUCACUGUAAAACCCCCUUUGUUCUCCAUCAAAAUGCAUACUGUAUUCUUUAGUCUUCCUGGGGUAUUUGAGUUGUUAGCCUGGUUAGAAAAAGGGUUCCAAUAAAGGUUCAGACAGUAUUUCCUUCUCAUC